ACUACCGAGCGGUUGGUACCUUCGGGCAGCAUCGGGGUUUCGUGCGUGAGGGGGGUGAUACUCUGCUUAACUACGACCCUAAACGAAAUACUUCGUAGUAAAAAUUCUACACAUAUACGUGUACGGUGAUGGAGGACAUGGCGGGCACCAGGGUUUUUAAGAAGUCAAGCCCUAACUGUAAGCUGACAGUCUACCUAGGGAAGAGAGACUUCAUAGACCACCUGAACCACGUGGACCCUGUGGAUGGUGUGAUCCUGGUGGACCCAGACUACUUGAAAGACAGAAAAGUGUUUGUGACCCUGACAUGCGCAUUCCGGUACGGGCGCGAGGACCUGGACGUAUUAGGCCUGUCCUUCAGGAAGGACCUCUACAUCUCCACCUUCCAGGCCUACCCAGCACUGUCUGAAGAGCCAUACAGCCGCCUGCAGGAGAAGCUACUGAAGAAGCUGGGUCAACACGCACAUCCCUUCCAUUUCACUAUCCCACAGAAUUUGCCAUGUUCAGUCACACUACAGCCUGGACCAGAGGACACAGGAAAGGCAUGUGGGGUCGACUUUGAGGUUAGAGCUUUCUGCGCCAAAUCAGCGGAGGAAAAAAUUCACAAAAGGAACUCUGUUCGGCUGAUCAUCAGGAAGGUGCAGUAUGCUCCAGAGAUUCCUGGACCCCAGCCUAUGGUGGAGACGACCCGUAGCUUCCUCAUGUCUGACCACUCCCUGCACCUGGAGGCUUCGCUGGACAAGGAGCUGUACUACCAUGGAGAGCCUGUUAAUGUCAAUGUCCACGUCACCAAUAACUCUACCAAGACCGUCAAAAAAAUCAAAACAUCCGUGCGGCAGUAUGCAGAUAUCUGCUUGUUCAGCACAGCGCAGUACAAGUGCUCCGUAGCUCAAGUCGAAGCUGAUGACCAGGUGUCUUCCAGCUCCACCUUCUGCAAGGUGUAUACCUUAACCCCUACCAUGAGCAACAACCAAGAAAAGCGGGGCCUAGCUCUAGACGGCAAGCUGAAGCACGAGGACACCAACCUGGCCUCCAGCACCAUAGUGAAGGAUGUGCCCAACAAGGAAGUCCUGGGAAUUCUUGUGUCAUAUAGGGUCAAAGUCAAACUGGUGGUGUCACGAGGAGGGGACGUUGCUGUGGAGCUGCCUUUUGUCUUGAUGCACCCAAAGCCCUCAGACCUGCCCAGCAUCCCCCCACAGUCAGCUGCGCCUGACAAAGAUCCGCCCAUCAGCCCCAACCUGAUAGAGUUUGAGAGCAGUAAUUUUACUCAGGAUGAUGACUUUGUGUUUGAGGACUUUGCCCGCUUGCGUUUGAAGCGAAUAAAGGACAAGGAUGGUGACAGUCACAUUUGCUGAAGCUAGAUUCUCCGACUCCUCAAUGAGCCAUGUCUGGUAUGGAUACCAUGGUCAAUGCAUAACUCUACGGUUAAGGAUUGUUGGACAAGACACAGCACUCCUCCACCAUCCAUGUGUGAACGUAACUCAGUUAUUAUAUAUUUCAGUAUUUUGUGCUGAUAGCCUAGGGCAGUGUUUCCCAGUCUGUUCCUCUGGGACUCACAGACAGUCCACAUUUUUGCUCCCUCCCAGGACAAGGCUGAGAAACACUGUCCUAGAAGGAAUAUCAUUGUCCGUGUUUACAUUCAGUGGCACAGAGUUAGAUGGACCUCAGUGUGUUGCAGAACUUCUUUUCUACUUGUCAGGUUAAGUUUUGUUUUACAAAACAUUUAUGCUUGUGUGUUAGCGAGGAAUGAAACCAGGGCAUGUGCACACAUACAGAAUCCCUGCUCAGCCAGUACUCACAAGCCUAACUUUGAAAUCUGGCAAUAGUGCAGACGUUUUAAAGUAAUGUUCAUCCAAGUCUUUUUGUUGCCUGUAUAUAAAUAUAAUAAGGAUUCCAUUUGCAGCAAUGUGUUGUUGUUUUUCAAACAUUUAUAAAGUUUGCUGCAUCCUCCUCAGGCAAAUUUUCUCUUAGGAACUUCCUAUCUUUGAUUAUUUUUUCUUUUCAUACCGCCACUGGGACAUGAUCACUUCAACAAUGCCAAUUAACGCUACCUAACAGGUAGAGUCAGAAAAUAUUAGCUGGCUAGCUGGUUAGCAGAGCAUGCUGCUUCAGCACAUCGUGAAAUAUUUAGCGUUUUGACGCAAAUGUGCGGUUUCAGUGCUGAUAAACACCACGGUUGUUAAUACCUACUUAUUAUUGGGGUAACUGAAGAAAUUAAAUAUUAUAUAAAAAUAUAGCAUAAAAAUAUUAUAAAUGAACAAUUACAAAUAAUGCAACUAUGAGCAUUUAUGUACAAUUUUCCAUCAGUAACUACAGGGUGCAUAUGUUCUUUUUGCAGGGGGCUCUUUUCAGGGAACUAUGUUUACAUUUUAUUGUUCUAUCUAUCUCCUAACGAAUUACCUUGUUCAGGGCAGAGGGUGGGAGUGGGGGGGUCCAGGAGCCAAUCCCAGAUGGGCUUGAUGGAAUUUCAGUCCAUCACAGGGCACACAUGUUCACGCAAUCAUAGUACACGGGCAAUUUAGAGACGCCAAUUAGCUAAAAUGCAUGUCUUACCCAUGCAACAUGAAAACAACAUGCAAAAUCCACAAACACGCACAUACAUACACACACACACACACACACCAGAGGUGGGAUUUAGACCCCCAGCACUGGAGGUGUGAGGUUACAGGGUCCCACUGUGCCACCGUACAUUUUUUUUUUUUGCAUUUAUCUUAUCUUGAUGUCUCAUCCCCUUAUAUGCAUUUAUUUCUGGUCUAUAAAUGUCUAAUUGACGUCAUGCAGUACAAAGAGGCAGUUUCACACUUGGCACUAUGCUUCCGACAGUAAACCAUAUCUAAAAUGAAAAAGCAGGUUACAGCUUCUCAUGGAGAGAGUAUGGAAACACGGUACAUAUUUACAAGGUUAUUUCCCCGACUGUCUCAGUCACAUGUGCGCUGGUUUUUGGUCAAUUUAUCCUCCUGGUUAUUACGGUUUGGUUGUGCUGGUAAAAUAAGCUACACUCAACCAAGCAUCAUGUGUGCACCUGUCCUCAUUAUAGACCUAAGAUAUUACUUCUGCCUCUGUGUCAUUACUAAGUAUAACUGCUUUUUGUUACAUCUAUUUGUGAUCCCAGUAGAGGACUCCUGCGCACAAACCCAAAGACCAUUUUUAGGUUCUACUGUUAGUAGUCAGGUAGCCUAGCGAUCACACAGCUAUAGGACUAUAGGUACAAAUCUGGCCACAGCUCUGUCAGGACGGACUACAUUCCCAGUACAUUCUUGUAUGUUACUUCCAAGAUCUCUGGUUUCCUGCCAGGAAAAUCGGAAUGCCUCUUAGUGCGAUUUUGUGAUGGACGGAGCACAUCCUGCUUCGUAUCCCAUGGCCGCUGGGAGAGGCUCCCGGCCAGCAUCAUCACAAAUGUAUAAAAUCAAAUUAAUUGGAUGGACAGAUUACUACUAGGUGAAAGAAAAGGCUACACUCAAUUUAUGAGAUUUAUUAAAGAAGGAUUGUUGCAGCUUUUCUUGUAAGAAAACUUACCAUGAUAAAAAAUAUGUGCUGCUUUAUUUUGUACUGCAUAUUAGUGCAUAUUUAAAAUAAAAAACAUGGAAAAAG